AUGGCACAGCCGAGCAAACUGCUCCUUCAACUUCUAAGUCGACGGCUUUCCGCUACUCCGUUCCAAGGACGUCUACAGAGGACGUUUUAUUUGUUUGUGGUUUAUUUGCAUUGUUGUCCUGUAGCAUGACGUUCUAUUGGUUGCUCUGAAAACGAGUCACUCUCUUGGAAUUAUCAUGUCCAUUGUUUUGAUCUCAGAAGCGAUGACUCCGCUGUUGAUAUGAUGAGCGCCGCAACGAAAUUUGUGUCUCAUGGUGUCUAGUUGAACAUCCUCCGUGGACAGUUGAGGCGAACUGCUCCCAUGCGUGUCAGCAGCCGAAACGACCUGGUCCCGUCCAAGACCCCACGAGUGAAUGGCUGGACUUGGCCCCCUCAGGUCUUUCAAGUCAUUGUCUGGCUGGUGUACAACUACUUUGCCAUCGUAGCCUUUGGCAUGUUCAUCCCUCUCCUACCGCCGCCUUGGAACCACGUGCUCUACGCCUUUAUAGGUUUGGCCUUUCUCGUGCACUUGCUCAGCCAUGUUGCCGCAGUGACUAUAGAUCCAGCUGAUGCCAGCGUGAGGGCCAAAAAGUCUUACGCUGGACCGAUGCCUCUUUUUGACCGCACAGUGCAGGCUCAUGUCAUCCAGGAUUCACACUGUUAUUUGUGUGACGUCAAGGUUGGUCCCAAAGUGAAACACUGCAGUGUUUGCAACAAGUGUGUAUCAGAUUUUGAUCAUCACUGCAAAUGGCUGAACAACUGUGUUGGUGGGAGAAACUACAGGUGUUUCUUUGUAGCAGUGUCCUCCGCAGCAGUCGGUGUGGUCCUUUUGGUUGCUGUCAUCACAUUUAUAUUCAUCCAGCACUAUGUGAAUCCAAACGUCUUGCGGACCGACCCACGAUUCCACAGUGCGCUGAACAACAACACCUGGCUGGUGUUUUUACCAUCAGCCCCUGUGAAAACGAGUGCAGCCGGUCUCCUCAUAGUUGCCUUCGCUACCGCCGUACUGUGCUUCACGUGUCUGCUGCUGCUCUGGCACCUACUCUGUUUCCAUUUCUACCUCUUGUGUAAAGGACUAAGCACGUUUGAGUAUAUAAAGCUGCAGCGUCAAAAAGAAGCCAGAAGUAGAGAUGCUGAAGUGGGAACGCCGCAUGGCAUGCAAAUGAACGACAAGGUCUCACAGAAUCAUCUGAGCUCUAUCGACUGUGAGCCCACCCAAAUUCAUGGUUCAAGUUCAUGCAACACUAGUAAUAAAGGAUCACUUUCCAGGCGACUGCCAGAGUCCAUCUGCAGAGAGUUGGAAAACAUUAAGAAACAACCAGAAAAGGACACCACCUUCCAUCAUGAAACACCAAAUUCAGGAGAAAAAGAAAACAAAAGCGAUAUAAGCACAUCUAGGAGCUGGAAGCCUGGCACAGGUGGUGACAUGCAGAGUGAAAGCAUCAGGUCGGCGGAAAGCGUUCCGGAUGUCCAGGAUCCCCUCGGAAGCUCAGUGAUGACUCCAGAUGACACAUAACAGUCAGAAGUUCAACAGGAUUGUAUAUCGCACUCGGGGACACCUUGUUAAGAUAGGUUACCAUGGAGCUGUUGGUGUUAAUGAGGACAUACUCAAUAUGACACAGACACUUUGAUACCACAUGUGAAGCCUUUUUAAAGUGCUCACUUAUGUUUUGCUCCGCUCUCUUUUUUUUUUUUUUUUUUUUUUUAAUGUAGAAUGUUGACUAGUCGUUCUCCAUAUGGAUUUGUAUGGUGGUCCACCUUCAAUGUAAGCGUCUGUGCCAUUAAUCUUAGCCAAGUAGAUGUUUUGGGGCAUCUGGAGAUCUUUUAUUUAUUUUCCAAACAAAACCUGCUCCAAGUACAGGGCAGUAAUGCGUAAAUCAUGUAAUUUUAUCUACUAGCCAAUGCAACAACCUUGUAUGGUCAAAUAAAUCCAUGCGUUGAGAAGAACAGUGGAGCACAUUAUAGUAGGAGAAGAAGACUGAACAUCCCCAAUAUGUUUGGUGAUUAGUUGUGUUAAAAGUGUCAUUUUAUUUCAUAGUAAAGAAUUAAGAACACUUGUUUUAUCGCUUAAUUUCUCAUUCUUGCGAGGAGUGUCUUCAUUUAUUUUUAAGGAUUUAGUCAUUUGCUGCCAUUGACAGCGAUAGACGUCCAAUCCAUUUUGACUGGGGGGGAGCUCUCAGCAGCUGUUCGAUCAGCAUCAAUGGCGGUUAAACAUGAUGACAGUGCAAACCUUCCAGUUGAAAUGAAUUUAAUGUCUAUAACUAUCAAUGGCCAUGAAUGAGUUAAGUAAAUAAUCAAGACGUACAAGAAUACAGUAUAGGGGCACCUCAAGAUACGAACGCAUCGAGAUAAGAUUCUUCGGACAUACAACGUAAAAUUUGACUCGAAAUAUGACUGUUUACAACAGCGUCACAAUUUCAUUGUUUUCCCACAAGACGGUAGCAUGUCGAAUUUUCUUCUGAGAGAAAUCAUCAUGCGUCCCAAGAGGGUUAGUACAGGUGGUAGCAGUGGUUAAAAAAGGAGAAAGUGACACUUACCAUUGAAAUUAUGAAAGAAAUCAUAGACCUUGGUGUGCAUAUGAGUGAACUGGUUAAACGAUAUGGCCGGAAUAUGUCUCCUUCACACCCGCUGUCUUCUCAGACCUCUGUUCGCCAGUAAGUUGAGGUAACAAUAAAAACUUU